CUAGUACUACGGAAAGGAACGGCACGGAUUAACUUUGGCGCGUUGCAUGUUCCACUGGCAAAAGCUUGUCGUGUCUCAGAUUCUCCCAGCCUGAGAUCCCCUACAGGGACAGCAUCUACCAUUACACAUGCCAGUGUUCAUUGAAGCUGGAAUGCCAGUCCGUUGCAGUCAAACUUCUACGACACUGGGAGAAUGUCACGCUAUCUCAUCGCAAAGGCGCAUGGGCAGAAAAGCCCGGUACUCUGUCUUGUACUUACAUAAGGAAUCAACCAUUGCUCACUACCACACGCAGCGCAGCAUGACAUCUUAUGAAUCUGUAUACUAGCACUGGGACCGGUGCUGGGACCGAAAAAGACAGCUCCCUUGUGGUAACAGCGGCAAAGGCCCAGAGUUCAAAGAAGCUUGUUGUGAAUCACCGGACAUCUGGCUGUCCAACGCCGGAGCUGGAUUGAAGUAUACCCGUAUUGUGGACAGGAAACAAAACCCUCGUCAUGCAUAUAGCACGUCGAAUAUGGCGUUCCCACAUGCCAUACUAGCCACACUGUUGCUCAGCGGUUCACAGAUCACGAAGUAUCAUGACAGAUUCGUCGAGACGGUUGAUCUCAGCCAUGAACCAAGCUUCCUUGCGUCGCCAUUGGAGCAACACUUGGAGUUCGGCGGGUGCGAGCAUCUCCGCUUCGCUUCCUUGCACAUCGGUCCUCUCCACUUUACUCAAGGUGGAUGCCAGUCGUUCUCUUUCAAGUCGCAACCGCUGGAAUAGUCUUGCCAUCGUUUUGUAGAGCCUGCCGAGGAAUAACUUCCGAACUCGCUCCGGGUCAUAAAACCAGAGGAAUAUCGUGCGGUUAGGCUGCCUCUGCGGCUCCCGUGGGACUUCCUGGAGCUCCAGAAACCCCAACAUCUGAAGUUGGGCCAGACACUGGCGGAGGUCUUUGGCGCCCAACAAUCCUAUCUCCUGCAAUGUCUUUUCAUCCAACUUGCCCUUAUCCAUGAGCAUCCGCACAAUUCUGAGUGCCGGUCCAUCCAAACUCUCUCCCAUCAGUCUCAUCAACUCUUCGUCGCGCAGGAAAUGGUUCAGACGCGUUCUGUGCAAAAACCAUUGAUUACCACUAGCAUCCUGGGAGAGAAAGUUGAAAGGCCCCUCAGCUAGGACUGCUAGUUGAGAUUCAAUCUGCCGGUUGUGCAUUGCGCCAUUGACGAGUUGGUCACGGUGACCAUUGACGAGACGCCCCUCUGAACGCCAGUUGUGUCCACCAAAAUCUCCGUUCUGGCCCACUAGUUUGUCCUCUUCGGAUAUAUCAUUGCUAAUUUUCGGGGUAUUGAGGCGGUGUAUCAUUGCUGACGUAUUAUCUCGACGCUUGACGGGACCUGAGUCAACAUCGACUUGCAGGCAGGCCGCUCGCAGCACCUGUGCUGCCUCUCGGCCGAAUCUCUUCUCCACCGCAAUGGCUAAUCUUUCAUUGCGUGUAGACAUAACAAGGUUUGAGUGGUCGAUGCAUAGCAUGGGCACAGACUGCAAAGUCAGCCAGUAACACCCGUCGGAUUUUGGACCACAUACCUGACUAUACACGGCAUUUUCCUGACUGCGCUCCCGCUGUUCGAGAAACUGGAGAACCGAGUUGGAGGAGAUGGUGCCAUCCAUCCGCGACUCGAGUUCCACAUCGACCCUGUGAUCAAUCUCCGACUGCACCUUCUUGCCCUUGGCGGACGGCAUUACACCAAGAUGGCGAAAAUGACGCUCAACCUCUUGGCGGGCAUCGAACGGUGAUUGAAAAUGUGCGUCGCGGACGCUCGUGAUGAAACGGUCAUCGAUUAGACACCUGAGAGCGGUUCGGAAACGCUCCCUGGACUUUUGAUCGACGUCAGGGGUGGCACCAUUCUGCAAAUGCCCGUUUGUAGACGCAGCGGGUUCUUGAGGAUUAGCGAAGUGGCCGUCACCAGAUACACGUGCCUCCAGUUCAUCAGGGGUGGCAUAGCCGAGGAUGGCCAAAUGCUCCAUAACCUUGGCAGCCGCUUGGCCAUAUCUCCGCGCAGCGAGUUCAACCAACUGGCCAGUCCGGAUUAGAUUGUACGCACUAUGCGUGUUGGCUUGAUAUGUCGACGACCCAUCGGGAGUGGUAUGUUGAUAAACCAAACGAAGCUGAAUCAACGCGGCCAUGCCAGCCUUGACCUGACGUAAGGGAAGUCGACAUUUUUGUGCAACUUGAUUCACAGAGAGCCUGCCUUGUUGGGCUAGAUGUUGAAAGAUUUCCUGUCCAAUGGGUUAGCCGUGUAGCGAGAAAUCAGAGCUGGCAGCCACAGACAGCAAGAAAACUCCCAUAGACAUCUUCGACGGCAAGGCAGCAUAGCCGCGCAUACUCCUAUUUACGCAUCAAAAUUGUGCACGUAUCCCUUUCAUUCGCGGCCCUCAUACCUCCAUAACUGCCGAAGAGUGCACGUGACGUGGGUUAGCAGCGAGAGCCAGACGUUGCCUUCAGAAACUCGUGCGCUGGCAAUAAUCACAAGGAUGCAACAUUCAUCGCUGAAGGAACAAAAGCAGUAUCUUUGCAAAGGCGAAACCCACCUGGCGGCCCGGGGAGACAACAGGGGGAGUGGCCGUGGUGAAAGGGUGGUUGAGAAACUUGCGAAAGAAAAGGCUCAGACACAGGCAGUGCACUGCAAAUACUUGACUGUACUACUGCUAAUAAACUGCUUGGAUCUCAGCCUCUCGAAAAGGUUUGAAGGCUUGGCACGACUAAACUCGUCCUGGCCAAUGGCAGGGCAUUCAAUUCCGCGCAGGUCCCUAAUUGUACAGCGAGCGAAGUGAACCUCCACUGCAGCUCGCUCGCUCGCAUUACAUCCAUCCCAUCCAACUGCGUCGUCGUUUUUGAGGUAGCUCCCUCGUCCAACAAUCGCACCUCACCUCACCAACCCUCACUUUUCGCGCCAAUCCGGUUCACCAUGGCUUCUCCAGCUUCGCUGGGCUCCAGGGCUUUGCGGGCCAGUCGUCAGGUCCCCGUCACGACCUUGCAACGAAGAGGAUUAGCAGCAGCAGCUUCCGGAAGCUUUCAGUAUGAGACCGGCGAAUCGUCAGGCAUCAAAUACGCGAGCAGAGAUUUGCCCGGGCCCACGACAACCUUGACUGUGAUUUCAAGGGCCGGCACAAGAUAUCAACCUCUCCCCGGACUUUCGGACGCACUCGAGAAAUUUGCUUUCAAGUCCACCGUCAAACGAUCGUGUCUGCGGAUUACUCGCGAGUCGGAGCUCCUAGGUGGCAACCUGUCCGCCUACCAUUCCCGCGAGAAUCUCGUCCUCCGAGCCAAAUUCCUCCGAGAAGAUUUACCAUACUUCACGGAACUGCUGGGCGAAAUCAUCAGCCAAACACGAUACACCACGCACGAGCUUGAUGAAGAGGUGGCGCGCGUCCUGAAAUUGGAGCAAAAGGCUCUUCUUGCCAGUCCGUUGUCACUCGCCGUCAAUUCGGUCCACGCAGUUGCCUUCCACCGCGGAUUGGGAGAACCGUUACAUCCUACCUCCUCUACGCCGAUCUCCAAAUAUCUUGAUGUAGAUGUCAUUGCGGAGUUCAGUCGCGCUGCAUACGCUCGGGACAACAUUGCCGUUGUCGCCAACGGCGCAAGUCAUUCAGAGCUGUCCAAAUGGGUGGGAGAAUUCUUCACCAAAACCGCAAACGGCUCCAGCGUCUUCAAAUUGUCCAGCCCCGCAUCCAAAUAUUAUGGCGGCGAAGAAAGAAUUGCGCACAACUCUGGAAAUGUGGUGAUCCUCGCUUUCCCAGGCUCCAGCUCGUUCACUUCCGGAUCGUCAUUCAAACCAGAGAUCUCGGUCCUUGCCGCGCUUCUUGGAGGGCAAUCAAGCAUCAAAUGGUCGCCUGGAUUCUCGCUGUUGUCCCAAGCGGCGAAGGAUUUCCCCGGAGCCCAGGUCUCCACUCAGCAUGCCGCAUAUUCGGAUGCGGGCUUGCUGUACGUUACCAUCUCUGGAGAAGCAGAGCAGGUGGCGAAGUCCAGCAAGAAUGUGGUGGAUGCGCUCAAGAAGGUGGCGUCAGGUGAAGUUGCAGAGGAAGACAUUCAGAAGGCAAGGGCCUUGGCCAAGUUCAGGGCCCUUGAAGCCGGUCAACAGACUGAGGCUGGCCUCGAAGCCACCGGAGCUGGCUUGAUCACAGAAGGCAAGCCGUUCCAAAUUGACGAAGUCGGUGCGGCCAUCGACAAGGUUUCUGGGGAUAAGGUCAAAGCGGCGGCCAAACAAUUACUCGACUCCAAGGCAUCAGUUUCCACGGUGGGAGACUUGUUCGUCCUUCCGUUCGCUUCGGAGAUAGGCUUGAACGUUUGAAAGAGUCGGAGAGGAUUUGCUUGACUAGCCCACGGCGAUGUAACAUUUGUAGAUAUCAGACCGAUCGCGAGAGUUUAGCCGAAUUUUAUAUGUCAAAGCUUGUGUCUUGUAGCCUUUCCGGAAGGCCAUGUUUUCACAGCGCAGUACACUCGGUCUCAGGUUUUCCAACACGCUCUUGCUGAUCCAUUGCGCUGGUUCAUGAGUCGGUGUCUUGGACAGCUUGCCCAACAGGCACAUGUGCUCAUUUUUUUUUAUCGUAAGGCCGGUUGGGCUCAAAACACUACUGUAUCUAGCUAGAUAUGUUGUAGAUCUGCUGGACGGCAUUGCCGAGUGAAUGGCUCGAAAGUCGGCUUUGGAAUUCUGCGGAUCGCCCGUGCCUCCCUACGAGUGAAGCAAAUACAGCAAACAAUACGGCAAAAGUAGAUUGCUGCCGU